AAUUAUAAUUUUAUAUUUUUAUAAACAAUACCAUGUAUCCUAUCUACAUUCAAAGCAACCAAUUAUCCUUGAACGAUUACUUGCAAGUUCAAGCCUUACUUUCUCAACGCAAGCAUUUAGAAGAGCAACGUCGUAUCCAAAAGGCCAGCCAUCGACUCCAGGUGCUCACUGAACUUUACCGUCGCCGUGAAUUAGAAGAUAGAGCGAUCGAAGCCUACUACCAAAACAAGAGAAAACAAGAAUGGAUGGCCCAGCAACAACAAUUAGCACUCCAGCAACAUUUGGAACGCCAGAAACAGUUGGAACGCCAACAACAAUUGGAACGUCAACAACAAUUGGAGCGACAACAACAGUUACAUCAAUAUUAUGCAGCAUUACAAGAACAACAACAACAGAUGCAGGAUCAAUACCUUCUUUGGGCAACUCAAAAAUCGGCCCCUGCGGCUUGUUGUCAACCGGAUGUGGCUGUGGCUAUGCCUGUGGAGGAGCAAGCAGAGGAGUCUGAAUCUGAAGCGGAAGAUGAAGAAUCUCACCGUGAUCAAUUGGCUCAUCUUAUAAAGCUAAUUUUUGGAGUGGAGCAAGAUGCUGCCGAGAGCCAUGAGGAAGCCAAGGAAGAUGAAGAGGAGUCUCAAGAAGAGGAAGAUAACUACGAGGUAGAAGAAGUGGAAUAUGAACAAGAUGCUGAAGAAAAUGAACCAAUGGUAUUGGAUGCUGACACUACAAAGGAAGAUGAUGAUGAUGAGGGUAUACUUUUGGCCAUGCAACAUAUCGAUGACGAUGAAUCUAUGGACGAAGACUUUGUUCAUGUUCCUUCAUUGGUGAAUAAGACACAAGAUAUAGAGGACCUUGUGGAUGAAAUUCUUACUGGUACUGAGCAUGACAACGAAGAGGCAUUUACAAGUUUUGAUAAUGAAGACCCUGUCAAGAUAGCAAAGUAUGAUGCCCUGGAACGUAUUGAACAAGAGCUUGAUGAGAUCCAAAACCAACAUGAAGACCAUGUACUCCAUGUGACGCUUGAUUUCUCCGAACGUGCUGCAUCGCCUGAUACAAUUAUUACUGCCACGACUGCUGGAAACCGUGAAUUUUUGAGCUACGAAGACCGUAUUGUGAAUCUUUUAUUAAAACUGGAUACGAUUGAGGCUGAUGGUGAUGAUCAUAUUAGAAAUGAACGUAAAUCACUCGUGAAGAAAGCUGAAGCAAUGCUAACAAAGCUAGAUGAUAUUAAACUUAAAGAAUGGUCAAGACUUGAACAUCAUGAUUAACUGAUGUCUUUUUUUUUUUUGUAAAUAAUAAUAAAGUGAUGUAAUUUUAGAAAAGAUAA